AUGGAAGCCGGACAGAGCAGGCCUGGGACAUUUCUAGCAGAGGCCAUUGAUUCUUCUGCUAUUCAUGCUGAUAAGAUUCAAUGGAAGUCUGAUGACCCAGUAUGGGUAGACCAAUGGCCUCUGACUCAGGAGAAACUACAGGCAGCACAGCAACUGGUGCAGGAGCAGUUACAAUCUGGGCAUAUUGAGCCCUCCAAUUCUCCCUGGAACACACCUAUAUUUGUCAUUAAGAAGAAGUCAGGGAAAUGGAGACUAUUACAGGACCUAAGAAAAGUUAAUGAAACCAUGUUUAUGAUGGGGGCGCUACAGCCCGGAUUGCCAUCACCUAUGGCCAUACCAGCUUAA